AUGACGGGACCUUGGAAGGUCAACUUCCUUACAGCCCUGUGGCUAGGUGCAACCUUUGCCGGUGCAAACCUCGAACUAGAAACCUCCUCUGGAGCAGCCGUGUUCACACACCCGGUCUAUCCUAGAGUUUUGGUCGCAAGACAAGAACAAGAGAUUCCGGCUGAUGACCGGAAUCCGCCUCCCCCAAUCAUCCCCAAUCCUCAGCCAAAUGAACCCGCAGGCCCAGUCACGCCAGUACCAGCUCCUGAGCCAGAAACAACAGUCGAACCCAACAACCCUCCUCUGCCAGCAACCACAACAGCGGCACCUGCGCCCCAAGAGCCACAGAUUACAACUGAGCCAGAGAACCCACCUGCCCCAGUUACUACGGACGAGCCUGAUACACCAGAGCAGCCGAAGACCACUGAUGUUGCACCUGUACCAAUACCGGUCCCAAUUCCCAACAAACCUGAUGAUCCUAAGAAACCCGACAAUCCCAAGAAGCCAGAUGAACCUAAAAGGCCUGAUGAUCCAGAAAAGCCCGAUGGUCCUAAGAAGCCCGACGAUCCCAAGACUCCAGACAUUCCAGAUGUUCCAGAUGUUCCCAAGAUCCCAGAUGUGCCCAAGAUCCCAGAUGCGCCCAAGAUCCCAGAUGCGCCCAAGGUUCCCGACACACCUGAUCCUAAGCCUGAUAACCCUGAAGAUCCCAAAGAUCCGAAGGACCCUGAGAAUCCCGAUCCUGAAGACCCCGAAGACCCCGACGACCCCAAAGAGUCUCAAGAUCCUCAGGAUCCUAAAGCUCCUCAAGAUCCCAAUGAACCGGAUGAUUGUGAGAAGAAGGAUCCAGCACCAUGCACAGAGACCGUUUCGUUUUACUCGGAAAGCGAGACGUAUACCAGUACCGUCUACGUAACAUGCCCUGCACCGAUCGACUGCCCCGCUAGAGAAGCCUCAACCGUCACUACUAGCAUCUUCCCCGAAGAGUCGGUCCUUUGGGGCGACGUACCUGCCGAUAACGAGGCCAUCCCUACAAUGGAAGCGAUCGAAGAUGAUACCUCUAGAUACUUCCAACAGGUUUUUGACGAUGAGAACAUCUCUAUCAACGAUGCUCAACACCCCGAUGUUCAAUGUCAAAAACAAAGUAGCGACGACGUACCUCGUGACUGCUUCAUGUCUAUCUACUCCAAGUUCUGCGCCGACGUUAAUGGACAUGAGGGCGAUGAGCUAAGCAAGAACCUCACCGGUGCUGAUGCCGAAGGCGGUUCACAAGAGAAGCGUGCGUCGAUUAACAUGAGAAGACAUAUGCUUCGUGAACGAGCUGAGUCUUGCGAUGGUUGGGUGUUCGAACACGACUGGAGCGGCGCAAAGGGCGAUUGCCAAAUCCCCUGCGGAGAUUCUAUGUACGCUUUUGGCGACGAGUGUUUUGACUCUGAGAACAGCUUUCUUGAAGGUACUAUCGAUGUUGGUUGUGGUACCUACAAGUACACCGCGAUACCUACGACGUCAACGACAGCACCACCGUUUCACUUAACCGGUCUCCCAACUCUGACCGACAUUCCUGGACCUAUCUCCACCCCUGACGGCAGCUCAUGCGCUGAGACAGCAACGAAUACACAAUGUGCUCAGGGCGGUGGUGGUAGAGGACAAGCAUGCGUCGAGAACACAUACUGUGCGUCAUGGGCCUCAACUGAGCCCACCGAAGCUCCAGCGCCACCAGAGGAGGAAACCCCACCAGAGGAUGAAACGACAUCGUUGGAAUUGGGCCCAGUGUUCUGCAAGAAUAGGGGAGGUAAUCACAAAGACGUCAGCCCACGUGCUGUGCGUGCCUUGGCAGAUGCGUACUGCGAGGCUAAUUUACCCGUUGAGUUGAAGCCUGGAGACCCUGCUUAUGGUAUCACGAAGAGCGAUCUUUAUUACUAUGAGGUUUCGUGGGUUGAAGGAUGCAAGACGACUGUGGAUUUGCAGGACCCGUAUACACCGCUGGGAAAUGAUGGCCCGCUUUGCAAGGAUUUGUUUGUAAAGGCUUACGCAAGAUGUGAUAAUGACGGUAUUGGAGGAUACAUCGAUGCUGGCUGUGUGCGAUACACGUUCCUCGGCGCUCAGUAG